AUGUUUGAAAUAGCUGUUGAUUUUACACGGAAUGUGUUGUCUCCUGGUACAACUUCUGAGAUGGUUGGAUACUCUCUCCUUGAUUUUGUAGGUUCCCUUCAAUUUUCUGCACCCCAAAGUGCUUGUUUCUUUGUUGAGGGUGAAAACCAUCUGGAGCAUUUUUUUACUGUUGAUGAAGAGAGGAAUUGGUUGCAGAGUUUUGUGAAGCUUGUGUUGCGGCUGGGAAAGCUUUGGGGUGUUCGUCAGGUGCGGCAGCUAAUGCAAGGAGGUGGCCAUGUGGCAGAUAUGCCUAAAGGUGAUGUUGACUGUUAUGCGGAAAUUGAUGAAGCUUUGGAUGAAUUAGCAUGUGUGGAUUAUGCAUCAGUGCUGGGGUUGGGAGAGUUGGACGUUGAUGGCUUGAAGUGA